ACUUUCUUCUCUCUAGUGGUUUCCUCCUAAGUUCUAUCCCUCUUCGCCGAUUAUUCAUACUGAAUUUCAGCUCUUUAAAACCGUGUUGAUGAUGGCUAUUUUCAGUCAUCAACAUCAUUUCUCAAUCGGCUUUUUAGUUCAGAACUUGAGCUACUACAAGCCUACAACACUUAUAAAUUAAUAUCCCAAGGCACCCAGAAGAAGGACUGAUCACCCAGAAAUGGCGAAGAAGCAUUUGAAAGUGAGGAUCGAAGCCAAACGACUGAAAGCCGAGAUGGGAAAGGUACGGGAAGACCAAUUAUGCUUAAGAGAGGAGCAGACAAAACUAAUAACAAGGUUUGGAGAGAUUGAGAGGCAAUGCAAUGAACUGCAGCAAGAAGCUGAAAUGAUAGCCAAGCAAUCAGCCAUGACUGGAAUCAAGCUGAGUCUGAUGUUGGGAAUUCUGAAAGCUCGUGAGGGUGGAGAUUUGGUUCAAGCCGCUGAUCUCACUCGCUUCCUUGGUGAAAUUGUUUCCGUGGAAAAAGCAAAAGCAAUCUUAGCUGACGCACAAAGAUGAAGAAGAUACAUAGAAAGCAAUUGCAACGGAGAUCGUUGGAGCAGAAUUUUGGUGAUUUUUUUUAUGGAAUCUAAUGCAUGCUGCAGUACUGUUGUGGUGCUUACCCAGAAGUUUGAAGGGUGCUUUGUUUUUUACGUGUAAACUAUGUCGUUUGAAUAUUUAUUUUGAUGUUAUAUAAAAUAUAAUAAUAAAUUUAAUCCUUUUCUUUUAUACAUUUAUUCAA